CAGUUUCACCAAUCAUACUCUCUCUCUCUCUCUCUCUCUCUCUACAGUAUAGUCUUCUACAACUCCCCAACCCUUGGAAUCAAGAUAUGAAUCAGUUCGACAUAAUCAUCAUCGGUGCAGGCGUCAUGGGCAGCUCAGCUGCAUAUCAAGCAGCUAAAUCCGGUCACAAAACCUUACUUCUCGAGCAGUUUGACUUCCUACACUACCGCGGAUCAUCUCAUGGCGAAUCUCGAACAAUUCGAGCAACUUACCCCGAACCAUACUAUACUCAAAUGGUGAUUGAAUCUGAGAAGCUGUGGAAAGAGACUGAGUUGGAAAUCGGUUACAAAGUUUACUUCAAGACGCAACAGUUGGAUUUAGGUCCUAAGGAGAGUAGUUCUCUGGUUGCGGUUAUUGAUAACUGCGAAAAACAGUUGAAUAGGUACCGGAUUCUGGAUCGUGAACAAGCGAACGAGUGUUUCUCGGUUGAGAUUCCGGAUGAUUGGAUCGCGGUUGUGACGGAGCUUGGAGGUGUGUUGAAACCUACUAAGGCAGUUGCUAUGUUUCAAACGCUAGCGAUUAAGCAUGGAGCAGUGCUUAAGGAUAAGAUGGAAAUUGUUGAUGUUGAGACAGAUGAAGACAGAGGUGGAGUUUUAGUGAGUAGCAGAUUGGGGGAGAAGUUUAGGGGGAAGAAAUGUGUGAUCACAGCAGGAGCAUGGGUGAGUAAACUGGUUCAAAAGGUUAGCAACGGGCGCGUGAUUUUGCCGAUACAACCAAUAGAAACAACUGUGUUUUACUGGAAAAUUAAACAAGGUAAGGAGAUUGAUUUCACCAUAGGAGCAGGCUUUCCAUCAUUUGCAAGCUGUGGCGAGCCUUAUAUCUAUGGAACACCGGCAUUGGAGUUCCCCGAUCUGAUCAAAAUUGCGAUUCAUGGUGGCCGAGGAUGUGAUCCAGAUAAGAGGACAUGGGGGGCUGCAGUUGGAGGUGCAGAAGGGACAGCGAAGCUUGUUGGAUAUCUAAAAGAAUGGAUCAAAUCAAGAUUUGGUGACCGAAUCAAUUGGGAAGAUGGGCCGGUUAUGACUCAGUCUUGCUUGUAUUCGAUAACACCGGAUGAGGAUUACAUAAUUGAUUUCUUGGGUGGUGAGUUUAACGAAGAUGUGGUUGUUGCUGGUGGAUUUUCCGGUCAUGGGUUUAAGAUGGCUCCGGUCGUUGGGCAGAUAUUGGUGGAUUUGGCUAUCGGUGGGACCACGGCUGCAGCGCAACGAGCUGAGGAGAUCAAACAUUUUAAAGUUGGAAGAUUUGAAGGAAACCCAGGAGGCAAUGUUAAACAUUUUGGAGACCAAGUUCGCCUUAGGUAGGCAAGAUUGUAUUUACAUGAAAAUUAAAUUAUCUAAAAAAAUAAUUUAUAUAGUUUAUUGAUUUGUUGAACUUUCAUUUGGUUGUAAUAUUUGUAUCAUGGUUGUUCCUUUGUAAACAAAGGUUUAGCCUUGUAGUUUGAUUGCUAAACUUUAGAUUCCAGGAAUUUA